UUAAAGCUAAGGUGCACGCAUCGGGAAUGGAUUACUGUUGGAUAUAGAGACGGUUCGCAGUUAACGGGUUUGACCGUGUUCCUUUGUUUAUUUGGUAGAAAAAGUCGACCCGUCGGCAACGGUGAUCACGUCGCCGGUAGUGAGACGCGACGGAGCACCACGGCGGCGCGCGGAAAGUUUUGGUGAAGGCCUCGAGCGUUGAGGCUUCUGAGGGAGAUCGAGAGGUUCUUCAACGAGGAUCCGCGAAGGCGUCCAGUAGACCCAGCGACCGCGCUUUCCGAGUAGGCCCGUUCGGGACCUUUCUCAUCGCCGAAACCCAGUGCGCCCGUGCUCUGGGCUGUGGAAAUAAUGGCACAACCCACUAGCAGCGCUCUGCGAGCCCUCGCGCUCGAGUACAAGAGCCUCCAAGAGGAGCCCGUCGAAGGAUUCCGCGUCAAGCUCGUUAACGAGGACAACAUGUUUGAGUGGGAAGUUGCUAUCUUCGGCCCUCCUGACACACUCUACCAGGGAGGAUACUUCAAGGCACACAUGAAGUUCCCACCGGAUUAUCCGUACAGCCCGCCGAGCAUUCGCUUCAUGACAAAAGUCUGGCACCCGAACGUGUACGAGAACGGAGAUCUCUGCAUAUCGAUCCUGCAUCCACCGGUAGAUGAUCCACAGAGCGGAGAGUUGCCCUGCGAGAGGUGGAAUCCAACGCAAAACGUCAGGACGAUUCUUCUGUCGGUGAUCUCGCUCCUGAACGAGCCCAACACAUACAGUCCUGCCAAUGUGGACGCCUCGGUGAUGUAUAGGCGCUGGCGUGAUUCCAAGGGGAGAGACAAGGAGUAUGAAAAUAUCAUCAGGAGGCAAGCUCAAGCCGCGAAAAUGGAAGCCGAGAAGGAGGGCAUCGUCGUACCUCUGACGCUGGAGGAUUACUGCAUAAAGACCCCAGCGAGGCCUGCCGAACAGCAGUUGGACAUGACUGAUUUUUACGACGACGAGUACGAGCUGGACGACGACGACCAGGAUGGCUUAUUGAGCGAGAGCGAUUACGAAGACGGGGACGACAGCGGCAACGGGGAGUCGUGAUCCAUCUCCUAAACUGCGAAUAAACGAAGCGUUAUUCUGCUCUGUAUAGAUUAAUAAAUUAACGAGCUUCUGUACCGGAUGCUCCUUACAUGCCGGAGGGGGACACAAGGGAAUAAAAUAUCGCGAGGGUGCGCCGACUUAUUCUGCGAAUACGCUGCACUCUCUCGAUGGUAGAUUCGUGGGUAGGUCGCGUAUGCAGAUGCAGAGACGUUUCGUAUAAGGGAGGAGAAAAGAGGAAAUGGUCCCGCGAGUAGGUCUCACUUUUAUUCGGUCACGAUGUAACGCUAUUCUGAAACUAUUAACGGCCGGGAGUAGUCGAUCGUAAUCCUGCCUGUAUGAGUCGAGGACGAUCUCCCGGUACCGCAGGAUAAUUAGAGGCUGCGAGAUGAAUCCCGAGUGGAUAAUUAUUGCAUUACUACUUCACAUUCGCCGCGUCUUUUCGUCUUGUAGCGGCAAGGCGUUUCGAAUUUGCAUCCUGUUAUGGUAUCUUUAUAAAACGCUUCUUCCUUUUUAUACCGUUGGGUCGACGUGUACCGCAGGGGGGAGUACUAUAUAUAUAUUUCUUUUUUUUUUCCAUCGCGAGAAUCUACAUCGCAUAACGUCGCGUGUACGGAUAUAUAUAUUAAGUGCGCAGUGGCGACCAUUGUUAUCGGGAUGCAUCUUUUUGUCGGGAAACACGAAGAGCACGGCGCAAGGGAGAACGCGCGUUUUAAGCCCGCCAACUGCGGGGCACGGUCGAUCCGAUAUUUCUCCAAAUCGUCGACGGUAUAUAGAGGAAAGUCCAAUAAGUCUCGAGGUGUCUACCUUGUCCGGGAUCUUUGAUAUUUAUUUCUCGGAAUUGCCUGGAAAAAGGAAAAACGUAAAAAAAAAGAAAGAAAGAAAAUUGUGGAGGGUUUAGGGCGACGUAUUCGCUGGAAAAGCGUCGAGGCAAAUUCGUUAACCGGUACGCAUGUUCAGGAUGAUCCAGUUUAGAAGCUCUUUAACUUAAGCAGCAUAUGGUAUGAGCAUACAUACUUUGAUAGAAGCACUGUGCUUGUUGUGUUGUGGCUGGCACGUCAUCUUUUAACUAGCGAGACUAAAUUAUACAUCCAAACGUUAUGGUUCAUAUGGCUUGAUACGAAAUGAAGUUUUAUUUCUUUUCUUUACGUUAAAAGGCGUUCGUUGAUGCAGUCGAGAUAAAAUCCUUCGGUUCGGUUAAAAAGGGGCAGCGAGGAGGGCGCGUUACAUGUCAGGAAGGACCUGUUGAAGAGUACAAUUUUCGUAUUUUUACACGCUAAAGUAAUAAGGAUUUACUUGAGUAUUUAGGUGCCAAGCGAUCUACGUUUGCCCGAGACAAGCGAGUGCUCUCUGAAAUUUCGAGAUUCGAUCGUUUCCCUAGUAUGAUGCUCAUUUUACUCUCUGAAUUGUAACGGAUAAUCCUCUUAUGAGUUUAUAUGUACAGUUUUUUUUUCUUUUUAUAUAUAUAUAUAUAUUGUACGUUUCCCUCAUUUCUUUGUAAAUGUCAUUUAGGUAUCACGUAGUCUUUCUUCUUUUUCUUUUAUAUGUAUGUAUACGAUGUAUUAGAGUAUCAGUACUACACGGUGAUAUCGCAUAAGGGAGGGAAGUAAAUAAGUCGAAUACUCUGCAACAGGUGUUUCAUGGCGCUAGACAUUGUAUUUCCGAUACUCUUUCGAUAUCUUCAGGGUAGAACCUUUUGUUCAUUGAAUUCGUAGUAACGACUUAACUCUCAGUCUUUUGGUACUAAAAUGCAUUGAAUGUAACCCCGAGAAUUCCUGCGCUGUCGUUAGACUCUAACCAGGAAGGCGGUUUGAUUUGCUAAUUUUGAUCGAAGGUCCAUCGAUACCGAGUUCUGACCCUCUGAGAAACGGAAGCUUAUCAGUUGAGUGCCGAUUAACGAAGGCUUAAUACUUAAGUGAAAGAAAUACCAGAUAUGGCCGACCCAGUCUUUGGUCGCGUAUCAGCUCGUACGUCGUCAAAUGUAAAUAGAACUCUUAACACAGUGAGGGAUGGAAAGGAAAAAAAAAAAAAAAGAGAAAAUUAUAUAAACGGAACGUUUACUUCGUUCUUGAUUAGCAGUUUUGUUAAGUAACCAAAAUUGAAGUGUUAAAAUGUUGAACGAUAAAAUAAAGGUGAGAGAGUAUUUAAAUUUAAACACCGUGUCGAAGUAUUGUCCAGUGCUUGAAGUAGUUUAGCAGAGUAACGACUCCCUGGAUCCUUAGUUAAUACACGUUUGUCGUCUAUUCCUUUCACAAAUUCACCGGUAGAAGAAAACGGAAAAAGCGUUAAAAGUAUGUGGGUUGUUCUGUAUAUGUGGGAAUGUCAUAAAAUUUCGUUUUUUGUAUAUACCAAUAAACGCUCUUUAAUACAA